AUGCAUGCAGUUAAUGAUCAACAACAAUCAAUUAAUUUAAAUUCGUCAUCUUGUGCUUCUUCUAAUGAGAAAGAACAGCAACAACCAUUAAUUCAUCUCUUGGAACCAUUGAAUAUUGUCUUGGUCGGAGAUGAAGGUGUUGGAAAGUCCUCAUGUUUAAUAACCUAUUCUGAAUUAUUAAAUAAGAAGAAUGAUAUUACAAAGCAGCAACAGCAACAACAAUUGGAAUAUAAAUAUGAUAGAGGAUGUAUUCCAUCAGUAGUUGAGACAUUGAGAAGAGAAGUGACCAUUCCCAAGACAUCACUUGGACAUUGUAAAUUUGUGAAUAGUUCUGCACUGGAUCAAUCAUUUGAUUCAACUCAAAGUUUACAAAAUUGUGAAGGUUUUACAAUGAAUGUAAAUCUUAUUGAUACACCUGGUGAAGAGGAUCAAUCAAUGGAUAGAGUUCAACAUUAUUAUCCUCAUGCCAAUGUAUUUGUAUUAAUAUUUUCGAUUAAUGACAUUACAUCAUUUGAGAAAUUGGCUGAUUAUUGGUGUAAGGAAAUUAAGAAUGUAUCUCCACAUCCAUGUAUGAUGAUUGUGGGUAAUAAGAGUGAUGUUGGUUCAGAGGAAAGACACGUGACUCGUCUCGAUGGUUUGGAAAUGCAAAAUAAGAUUGGAGCUAAAAUGUAUAUGGAAAUUUCAUCCACGAGUGGAAAUAAUAUUGUAAACAUGUUUGAUGCUUGUGUGAAAAUGGGCACUAAAGAACUUGAUGGUCGAUGCGCUCACUUACUUUACAAACAAAACGAUCAUUCAAUUCAUUUGGAACGUCGACAUCAUCUUCAUCCUGAAACUCUAACUUUGAAUAUUCCUCCAAGAGAAACUUUGGCAGCCAUUAAGGAAACUCCCUCAAUUCCACCAUCAACUACGAGUAGCAUCAAUAGUAGUAGUAGCAGCAGUUCAGCUUCUCAAAAGGUUGAGACGAUUAAGGAACUGAGCUCAACAACCCAAUCACUCUGUGCAAAAAUUACAAAACAACUUUCAUUUGGGACACCUCCUAUAGUAGAGAAGGAAUUUAGAUUUGGAGUUGAGCUUUUACCAAAGAUAUUCCUAGAUAAUGAUCCAGAAGCAGAAGUGUUGAAAAAACUAAAUUUCAAAAUUAAGAAAAUUGUAAAGGUAAAAAUUGAUCUCAACAUGAAUCCGCUCUGUCAAAUCAAGAGACAAAUAAUUGGUGCAUUUGGAAAGGAAAAUCCAAAGGUUUGGGGAAGAAAAACUGAAGAGCAAUGGUUGAAAACUCUCAAAGUUCAAAUAUUGGAUAACAUUUUUAAUGAUUAUUAUGAUUUGGACGAUUGGGAACAGGUUAUUUCUCAAAAGGAGGACAAUAUCAAAUUACUUGUAUUUUACUAA